AUGGAAACAGAUGAAGAGGAAGGCUCCGCCCUCUCCCCUCCUCUGCGGGUUUCUCUCAAGUCCAAAGAUUUUGACACCAACUUUGCAAAGACACCGCAACAGAGGCCCUACAGGAGGAGAGACUCAGCGGAGCGGCCCCCUCUCCCGCGAAAGAGAAGCUCCAGAGACGAGGACGGCUCUUCUACGUUUUCUGGACUGAGUCUGGACAGCGACGACCAGGAAGGACCAGAUGAGAGAUGGUGUAGAAGAAGAAAGUCCAAGAAUACACCUGUUGGGUUUUUUUCUGACGGAAAAGAAGCGGAGCCGCAGACCUUCGAUGAUGACCUGGACUUGGUUUUUAAGGAGGUGGAGGAGAGGAUCGUGGGCUGCGUCCGGACGGAGCUGAGGCGGCAGCGCAGGGUCCUGGCCACAGAUUACCCAGAAUGCUCAGCGGAGGAGCGGCGGGUGGAGCGUGAAGCCGUGUUCUCGCUCAGUCUCCACUUCCUCCGCCACAUGGGGCGAGAGGAUGUGGCUCUGCAGCUUCAGACCAGUACCAUCUCCGCUCAUUCCAAAGAUAAUCUGUGGACGGACUUUCAGGGGACACUGAAGUCGAAGCUGCGGCAGAGGUUCCUGUCUGUGUUCGAGGGCGUGGCCAAAGCAGGAAGUCCCGCCCUCCUGAACGAGAUCUACACAGAGCUCCACAUUACAGAGGGAGGGGCCACAGACGUCAAUCAGGAACAUGAGGUCAGACAGAUGGAAACCUCCUCCAGAAAACAGAGCAGCUCAGAGACCAUCAUCAGGUGUGAGGACAUCUUUAAAGUCCGGGACCCCAGACCACAGAACCUCCUCAGAGCCGAGACCGCGGAGGAACUCCCACCGAUCAGAACUGUCCUCACAAAGGGCGUGGCUGGCAUCGGCAAAACGGUCCUGACCCAGAAGUUCAGCCUGGACUGGGCCGAGGGCAGAGCGAACCAGGACGUCCAGCUGCUGCUCCCCUUCACCUUCAGAGCCCUGAACGUUCUCAGAGACCAGCGCUUCAGUCUGGAGACGCUGAUUCAGCACUUCUUUGGGGAAGACGUGGAGAGAGCAUUCUGUAUCUCUGAAAACCUGCAGAACAGUGCAGUGGUUCUGGUCCUGGACGGUCUGGAUGAGUGCAGACUGACCCUGGACUUCAGCAGAGCUCCAGACCUCAGUGACGUGAGUGUCUCUGCAUCAGUCGACGUGCUGCUGGUGAACCUCAUCAGAGGAACACUGCUGCCCUCUGCCCGCCUCUGGAUCACCACACGACCUGCAGCGGCCAAUCAGAUCCCAGCUCACUGCGUCUCCAUGGUGACAGAGGUGCGCGGGUUCACAGACGAGCAGAAGGAGCUGUACUUCACCAAGAGGUUUGGAGACGAGGCCGGUGCCGUGAUCAGCCACCUCCGAACCUGCCGCAGCCUCCACAUCAUGUGCCAUAUGCCCAUGUUCUGCUGGAUCACAGCCACAGUCCUGGAGCACGUCCUGAAGUCCAGUCCUGGGGAGGAGCUGCCGCAGACCCUGACUCAGCUCUACGUCCACUUCCUGGUGGUUCAGAUCAAAGUCAUGAGUGUGAAGUACGAGUGUGGCAGCGAGUCGGACCUGGUGUGGAGUCAGGAGAGGAAGAGGAUGGUGGAGGGACUGGGGAGACUGGCCUUCGAGCAGCUGCAGAAGGGAAACCUCAUUUUCUAUGAGUCUGAUCUGAAAGACAGCGACAUCAACCCCACAGUGGCCUCGGUCUACUCUGGUCUGUUCACCCAGGUCUUCAGAGAGGAGCCAGGACUCUACCAGGACAGAGUGUACUGCUUCGUCCAUCUGAGCGUGCAGGAGUUCAUGGCAGCUCUGUACGUGCACCAGUCCUUCCUCUGCUUCGGCGCCAACCUUCUCCGUCCCAGAUCGAACAGAGGAACCCUCCGCAGACUCACAGAAAAACCCAAACUCAAGCAUCUGCACCAAGCCGCCGUCAACCAGGCCUUAGACAGUCCCAACGGACACCUCGACCUGUUCCUGCGCUUCCUGCUCGGCCUGUCGCUGCCGGCCAAUCAGAAGCUUCUACACGGGCUGCUUCCUGGUCAGAGUUCCACGUCCCACCUGCAGGACACAGCCAACUACAUCAAUAAUAAGAUCCAAGCGAGUGAGUGCGCAGAGCGGAGUCUGAACCUGUUCCACUGCCUGAACGAGCUGCACGAGCGCUCACUGCUGCAGCAGGUGCAGCAGGCGCUGAGCAGCGGAGGCCUGAGCCGCGGCAGAGGUCUGUCUGCGGCUCAGUGGGCCGCUCUGGUCUUCAUCCUGCUCUCCUCAGAAGAACAAGAGCUGGAGGUGUUUGAUCUGAAGAAAUACUGCGGCACAGAAGCGGCGCUGCUGAGGCUGCUGCCGGUGGUGCAGGCCUCACGGAGAGCUCUUCUGUGCAGCAGCAGCCUGUCGGAGCACAGCUGCAGGGCUCUCUCCUCGCUCCUCUCCUCUUCUGCUUCCUGCCUCACUCACCUAGACCUCAGUAACAACCCUCUGAAGGACGCUGGACUGCAGAGACUCUGUGAAGGACUCAAGAGCGCCACCUGCAGGCUGGAGCAGCUCAGGCUGAGCGGCUGUCUGAUCUCGGGAGAAGGCUGCGUGUUUUUGGCCUCCGCUCUAGCGUUCAACCCGUCAUCUCUCAAAGAACUGGACCUGAGCUACAACCACCCAGGAGCACAGGGGUCCAUGUUCCUGAGGGCCAUGCAGACCGACCCUCACUGCAGACUGGACACGCUCAGAUUGGAGCCCGGAGGAGCCUACUUCCUCAAACCAGGACCCAGGAGAUACUUCCAUUCCCUCUCUUUGGACCCAGACACUGCUCAUCCCCAGCUCCAGCUCUCGCUCCACGACAGCAAAGCUACCCUGGUCCCCUCCGACCUCCCGUACCCAGACCUCCAGAGCCGGUGCGAGCGCUGGUUCCAGGUCUUGUGCUCGCGCCGCCUUCCCGAACGCUGCUACUGGGAAGUGGACUGGAGCGGAGAGGUCUACAUCUCCGUCGUCUACGAAAGCGUCGCUCGAGAAGACGAAAGCGGCGACAGCUUGUUUGGGAUCAACAGCCAGUCGUGGAGUCUGUCGUGUUCCGAAGGCGGUUUCUCCGUUUGGUUCGAGGAAAGUCCGACGCACCUCCUGAACGUGGGGCCCUCGCGCUCGGGCAGAGUGGGAGUGUUUGUGGACGCUCCGGCCGGAUGCUUGUCCUUCUACAAAGUCUGUUCAGAUCAGCUGACGCACCUCUACACCUGCAACGCCAUCUUCACCGAGCCGCUGGUUUUGGGGUUCUCCUUACGCUCGCUGGACUCUUCAGUGACUCUGUGUGAGCUGCCAGACUAA